UCAUCAGCAGCAACAGUUAGUCAGACACCUCGGUAGCUUGAUAGACAAAAUAGACGAACCAAUAAAGCUCUUUAGACGCUUUAGUGUAUAUUAGCCACUGUGUUUUAUACCCACUUCUGUCGUCUAGUUAGUUAUCCCAUUUACUUUAAUAUUUACGAUGUUAUUGGUCGGCUCAUGGCAAUUUAGAUUGCUGCUCAUUCAUUAGCAUAGCUAGCUAACAUCUCCGACCAUGAGUUCACUGAGCUGCUCUCCUCCUGUUAAAGAAGAGGAGGUCUGCUGGACGGAUGAAGAGGGUCUGUGGCUGAACGUUGUCGUUAAAGAGGAGAAAGAAGAGGAGGCUGUCACCGUUAAAAAACAGGUAGAGGUUGAGUCUGUUCCGGUUAAAGAAGAAGAGAAAGACGUUUCAGUGAAAGAAGAAGGCACGUUCAGAGUGAAAGAGGAGGAGGAUGUUACAGUAAAAGAAGAGGAGAAAGAGGAGGAUGCAGUUUUUGGAGUGAAAGAGGAGGAGGACGAGAUGACUGUCACAUCCAGAAAGGCGGAGGAAGAAGAUGAGGUUACGGGAUAUCUGGGCCCGGUUUCCCAAACACAUCUUAAGGCAUCCAAUGGUAACGAUGAACUUAGCCAUAAAAUGGUUUUGGGAAACCGGUCCCUGAUUAACACUAGAGAGCGAGAUGACGAUCGUGGAUCCUCUGGGGAGCCUCAACAACAUCAUGAAGCUGAAGAGGCAGAGGAGAGUUUUUCCACAUCAGAACAUCUCAAGAAAAAGAAGCGGAAACACACAGGGAAGAAACCUCACCGCUGUUCUGACUGUGGGAAGAGAUUCACCUCUUCAGCAGACCUCAAAAGACAUCAGAGAAUCCAUACAGGAGAGAAACCUUAUAGCUGUGAUCAAUGUGGGAAGAGAUUUACUGAUCUAAGCAGCCUGAAAAGACACCAGAGAAUUCACACUGGAGAGAAACCUUAUAGCUGCUCUGACUGUGGGAAGAGUUUUAAUGUUCCAAGCAGCCUGAAAACGCACCAAAGAAUUCACACGGGAGAGAAACCUUAUAGCUGUGAUCAAUGUGGGAAGAGUUUUGUUUCAUCUAGCCAGCUGACUGUACACCAGAGAACACACACAGGAGAGAAAUGUUAUAGCUGUGAUCAAUGUGGGAAGAGUUUUGUUUCAUCUAGCCAGCUUACUGCACACCAGAGAACACACACAGGAGAGAAAUCGUAUAGCUGUGAUCAAUGUGGGAAGAGAUACUCUGGUAAAAGAUCUCUGAUUAGACAUCAGAAAAUACAUGAAGGAGUUGUUCCAUGAUAUCAAUAAAAUGUCACAAUGUAGAAUGUUUUAACAUUGUAGUAGGAGUAUUUGAAUGA